GGCGGGGCGUUUGGCCCCGUAAAAGUUGCGCGGGAGACCGGCGGGCCCGCCGAUUUAUUAGCCGUGAUCUGAACACUCGUUUCUUUACCUCUUCUCUUUUUCUCUUCGUCUCCACGCGAUCUCCCGAGCUACGCAGAGUCUCAGCCGUUCUCUAGCAAAAGGUGAUUUGCCUCUCGUCCCGUCGCUCGCCCCGUAAACUAGGCGAGUGUGCGUUAAUUGGAGUGGUUACCCUUCCAAGUCGGCCGGGUGUCCCCAACCAGCUGAGGGUGUGUGGCGAUGGACGAUUCGUUCACGGAACCGCCGCGGCGAUCCACACGUCGAGUCUUGCUAGAGUCCAGACGGGACUACGAGUCGCAGUCUCCAAUAUACCACCACCACCCAAUAUCAAGUUCCAGUGGAGCCAGCAGAAAGAGAAAGUUGAGCAGUUCGGGAAGUGGUGGAGGAGGAGAGGGAGGAGGGAGCGAGGGAGGAGGAGAGGGGGAGAGGAGGUGGGUGAGAGAUGAGAGGGACAGAGGAGACGGUGGAAGUGUGUCCUACUCAAAACGGUCUUCCAAUACACUAUACGCAACGAAGCACAAGAGGUCUCGUAUCCAUGGCAACUCGGGGCCGGUUGCCAUGGACACCAUAGAGGUCCCGCUGCGUCGCAGCAAGCGGGAGAAGCGACUGCUGUUCUCAAACCUCAAUCAACAGGAGAUAUACCAGCACAUGAUUAACAACGGCCCUCACUAUCCAGUAAUGGACUUUUCCGAGGAUGAACUGGAGCCGUACGAGAAAAUCCUGUCUCCAGUGAGGCGUCGUCGACGGCGACCAGGCCACGCCUCCCCGCACUGCUCUCCGAGACACCCGCAUUCCUCUCCUCACGAGCGGUCGUCCCCGGGUUCACCGAGAAUGAGACUGAGAUCUUCUGGAUUGGAUCAGUGUGUAAAAGCUGAGACUAUUGAAGGAGGAGAGAGGGGAGAGGAGGAGGGAGGGGAAGAAGAAGGGAGGGGAGGAGGUGAAGGCAGUCAGACCCCGGGAGAGAAGGGAGAGAGAGACACCGUGACAGCCACCGAGGAACAAGAAGAAGAGGGAGAAGAAGAAGACAAGGAAAUGGAAGAAGAAGAAGAAGAGGGAGAGGAGGGAGGGAGGGAGGGGGUAUUACCUGAGGAAGCGAAGACCCGUUGUGUACCAAUAUCAACCCAUCAUUCAGGUGGUUGAAGAUGACACGCCACCAAAGAAGAGACGGCAGAGGGUCCGCACGGCCAGCGGAUCUGACUCCGCCUACUACCGGAAGUCUGGUUCCGCCCACCAUGCCCCGAGGGCAUACGGGUCCAAAGGUCAGUCGUCGGCAGCGGCAACCAUUGUAUCUCGGAGGGUGAGACGAGUUGCUCAUGCCCACGACUCCUCGUCAACCAGCUCAUCAGGAUCAGAUUCCGACGAGGCGAGGUUUAGAAGACGGAAGUCGCGCAGCAUGAAGAAGGCACGGUUACAGUGCCUCCCCAUGAACUUUGACCCCUCCGAGCUGAGUCAGCCGGUGAUAAGAGAUCGUCAGAGGAUCGGUGCCAGUCUGGCUGACGUUGACCCCAUGAAUAUCAACAGAGAGGUGACCUUUGACUCCAUCGGAGGUCUAAAGCAGCACAUUAGGUCUCUGAAGGAGAUGAUCCUCUUCCCGCUCCUCUACCCCGAGGUCUUUGACCGAUUCCGGAUCCAACCCCCGCGGGGGGUCCUGUUUUUCGGCCCCCCGGGGUGCGGGAAGACGCUGGUGGCGCGGGGGCUGGCAAACGAGUGUUCCCGCGACGGGAGGAGAGUGGCCUUCUUCAUGAGGAAGGGGGCGGACUGUCUCAGCAAGUGGGUCGGAGAGUCAGAGAGACAGCUGAGACUUCUCUUUGACCAGGCCUACCAGAUGAGACCGUCAAUCAUAUUCUUUGAUGAGAUAGACGGACUGGCUCCAGUCAGAUCAACAAGACAAGACCAGAUCCACUCCUCCAUCGUCUCAACUCUACUAGCUCUAAUGGACGGAUUGGACAGUAGAGGAGAGGUCGUGGUGAUUGGAGCCACGAACAGGAUCGAUGCCAUUGACCCAGCUCUCCGGAGACCGGGCAGAUUCGACCGGGAGUUUCUCUUUCCACUUCCGUCCAGAGAGGAUCGAUCCUCCAUCAUCUCCAUACACACCCGUCACUGGUCCCCGCCCCUCAAACCUUCCUUCGUCUCCCAACUCGCCGACCAAACCGUCGGCUACUGCGGGGCCGAUAUCAAAUCGCUCAGCACGGAAGCCGCUCUAUCUGCGCUCCGUCGCACCUACCCACAGAUCUAUGACACCGGCGACAAGCUCGUUUUGGACGUCACGACGAUAAACGUCACGGCGACCGAUUUCUUCACGUCGUUGGGGAAGAUUGUUCCGACGGCACGACGGAGCGAGUCGUCGUGCGCACUGGCGUUGCCACGCGAGGUUGCCCCUCUACUAAUGAGGUCGCUAGGCGCCGUUCUCGGACUCGUAGAAGUCGUGUUUAACCCCUCUUGGAGAGCUGUGGAGAAAGCUCGGAGAGGGUUAAAUGCCGCCUUCACUGUUGAGACCCAGAGAGCCAGGAUCAUGGAGGAACACGUACGGAGAUUAACAACCGACACAACAACCCACCACAAUUCCCGGUCCAUAACCGGUUUGAUCAGUUUCGAAACCGGUUCGACCAGCCUGUCAAGUUCUCGAACCGCCAGUCGGCAAGACUCGCAGUGCUCAAUGUUGUCAGACGUGUUUGAGCGCAGCCAGCCGAGCCAGAAUGCCGUCUACUUUAAGAUGGAUGAUGUCGUAAACGAGGUGGGUGGGGUCGAGAGCAUCACCGUGGAAACUAACGACGACUCGGCGGAGACACUCUCUCCCAGUGGAGAAGAGGAUGCCCCUGAUAAUCGCCAGGCAACGACAGCAGAACCUCGGAACCUUGGCACCGACAAUCCAGGAUCGAUACUCGGAUCGUCUCUCUCGUCCUCCCACCCUCACUCCCUCCCAGUCGUACACCGACCACGCCUACUCCUGUGCGGAGCUCCGGGCGGAGGUCAGAGUUCGCAUCUAGGCCCCGCCCUCCUGCACAUCCUGGAAGAGAUACCGGUGAAAGUUCUUGAUCUUUCCGUCAUUUUCGGUGUCACUUCGUGUUGCCCCGAAGAGUCUCUGGUUCAGCUCUUCAAAGAAGCAAAGAGAACGUCGCCUUCCAUUGUCUAUCUCCCCCGCAUCGACUCGUGGUGGGGCGUUACCACGGAGACGUUUCAGGCCACCUUCACCUCGUCACUCCUCUCCCUCCCUCCCUCCACCUCCCUCGUCGUCAUAGCGACCGCGGAGUGCCCGUGGAGCGAGCUCUGUCCCUCGCUAAAGAAGUUGUUUAGUUUCUCAUGUGAGACGUACGCAGUUCCUCGUCCAGGAAGAGAAGAGAGAAGGAGGUUCUUUUCCGACUCCCUGCUAGUGAAGCCUCUCCUUCCUCCUCCAACCUCUCCUCUCACCUCUACCAUUAUGCAGCACAAGCAGCUGCCACUGGCCCCGCCCCCCAAGUCCCGCCAACUGGCGCCCGGAGAACUCAACAAGAUGGACCGCCAGAGAGACAGCGUCCUCCGCGAGCUCCGAAUCUUCCUCCGAGAGGCCACCAACAAGCUAAUGGCCGAGAGAAAGUUCAAAGAGUUCACGAGACCCGUCGGCCCCGCGAAGGUGCCUGAUUACUAUGACAUCAUCAAGGAGCCGAUGGACCUGGGGACCAUAAUGAAGAAGAUCGAUGAGCAUCAUUACAACACAAACAAAAUUACAAAACAACUCCCCAGACAGUGGCUGGGAGAUGUCGAUAAGAUCACUGAGAAUGCCGUCGAGUACAACCCAGCUCAUGACUCCGACAGCCGCCUUCUCCUCCACAGGGCGGCUGCCCUCCAGGACAUGGCCCACUCCAUCCUGGAACACGAACUCAGCGAAGACUUCGAACAGCAAUGUGAAGAUAUUGAAGACACUUACAAGAAAGUUGGAAGAAGAGAUACAAACCAAGGAACGAGUCAGCCGCUGAAGACUGCCUCUUCCUCGUGUCGUGGUCCCUCCGAUCACGGAGACCACACCCCCAGCCACGCCCCCUCCCCCUCUCGAAGCUCAACCCACUCGUCCAGAAGAGGGGAGGGCUUGUACGAGUGCAGGCGAAGAAGUCUGAGGGUUAAAGGUCUCGAACCAGAGGAGAAAGGUUUUGACUACUACUCCACUUCUAGAACACCUCGUAAACUGAGAGAGAGGGAGGGAGAGGAGGAGGAGGAGAUGGGGGGAGAGAGGGAGGAGGGAGAGAGGAGGAAAGAGGGAGAGAAUGAGGAGGAAGAGGAAGAACGAGGACGGGAGGUCGAGGAACGGAAGGGAGAAGAGGGAGAGGGAGAGGUGGCGGGGGACAGCGAACCAUUACUUGAAAGUGGUUACGACGACGAUGAGGACGAAGAAGACGGAAGAAAAAGCAGAGACGCUCCCGACACAUCGACAGAAAACAGUUCGGCUCUUAGCAAACGCCGCAAGCGAAGAAAGCCAAAUCUGUCGGGAGUCAGUCGCCGUGACAACACGGCCGGUGUUUCCGACGACAGAAUGGACACGGAGGAAUCCGAAGAAGAUUCAGCGGAAGACGCGAUUUUGCUGGCCGGAAGUUCGAGCAGAAGUGGUAGACAUCGCCACAGAUCGCGUGGUGAUACCGACAUGGUGGACACACCGACCGAUUACAAAUCUGCUAGCAGUGGAUCUACUGUUGUUAGCAUACAACGGAGCAUUAGGAGACGGGCUAGGGUUAAACACAGGCUGUUUGCUAGAAACAGGGCUUCACCUACACGAGAGGAGCGAUGUAAUGAUGAUGUCAUCGUCGUGGCGACCACUUUGGGAGGAAGGAGGGAGGAGAAAGACGACCGCGAGAUGCAGUCCCAGCUACAUGGAGAUCGCACGGCGAGAAACGGAGUCGAUUACGAAACAAAUCGAAACGAUUUAUUAAGUCCCCCACUUGACACGGAUGCUGGAAGAGUCACUGCCUCCUCAUCAGUAUCUCAAAAGAAUCGCUCGUUGACAUCCGAUGACAUCACCGCUAUAUCUCGACACAAAACUGCCGCCAUUCAUCAAAACGAACAGUUCAGUGCUGGAAGUAAUGCCGUCACAAAGAGGGCGAAACCCCUUGCAAUUUCCGGUGAUGUCAUUUCCUCUAGCAGAGGAAGUGGGAGAGAAGUGCUGUGUAAUGGAGUUGGAGGAACACCGGCUGAUCUGUGGCUGGGAGGAGGAGGAGGAGAGGGGGAUGAGUGUGAUGUCAGAGAUGUUUUGGUCGACAUGGAAACGGAGUCUUCGUUGCCGCAUGGCGAGCGGGAUUUAAAUUCGAAAUCAACUCAUUCGAGCGCCACCACUAAUAGUAGAGGACAGGUAUCGAAUUCGAAAUCCAUUCCAAGCACCUCGACCACCACUUCCAGAGUCAGUAGUUUGAAUUCAAAUCCGAAUUCGAAAUCCGCUCCGAGCAUCCCCACAACCAUCACCAUAGAGGAAGACUCGGGACCGCUCGUCUCCACGCAACCUCCUACUGAAGAGCGACUUGCAGCAGCGACAAGAAGUGAAGAAGUAGAUAUCGACGCUGGGAGUCUGUUGGCCGUAUUCCGGAGAGUGGUCGACGAGACGGAGGAGACGAGUGUCGAGCAAAUGGAGAAGAUGCUCGCCACGUUCAAUCAUCUCGUGUUUCGAUAUCGCAUGAGAACUGACCGACGCCAACUGCCUAAGGAUCUGGAACUGGCUGCCGACCUGUUUCUACGACAACCGCAGACACCAAACAUACAUGACUGAAACUGGGGACUCUAUUGUAAAGAUUAUCUCUAUCGUUAUUGUUAUCUAUGAUAAUGUUGUUGUACAGUUUUAACUUGUUUGUGGUAUAAAGAAAAUUAUUAUUG